CAUGGAGGAAACCGGUUAGAAGGUGAGGACCAGCUUUUCACAAAAAGAAGAAAGCGUGGACAUUAAAAACUCCAUACUCAAGUCCAGUUGCUCUUCACUUUACUCUCUAACAAUCUCACUCCUUCUGUUGUCUGAUCAAGAUUCCUCUGUUUCUGAAGAUUCUUGUUUGAUCACUGCUGCAGGUCUUUACUUUAAGUGCUUGCUGCUAUUGACUAGCAACAUUUUGCAUCAUGGAGAGGUAUUCCCAGACACUCGAAGGUCUUGGCCAUGGAAGACAACAUCAGCAAAAUACUGAUGGUCACAGAUUCUGGAUAAGUCAACAAAAUUCUGCGAACAAGUUAACAGAAUAUGAUGAGAGGGAUGCUAUAGAUCAUGCAAUUGCCCUUUCGCUUUCAGAAGAAGAUCAGAAAGAUGAUCAAUAUCAAUCCAAAUAUGAACAAGCAUCUAAAGCCCUGCUAGAUAUAGACAAAUGUCAUGAUAAAACUCAGUUGGUGGAGGAUGAACUGCUCGCCAUAGCUCUCCAAGAAAGUUUAAUUGUAGAAGAAUCUAGACAGAGCUAUGAAAAUUCAAUUCAACCUCAUCCAGUUUCAUCUUCAGACUCAAGAAUCUGUGCAGGAUGCAAGAGUGAGAUUGGUCUUGGAGAUUUCCUGAGGUGCAUGGAUGCUGAUUGGCAUUCGAAAUGCUUUCGCUGCCACGCAUGUGAUCUUGCAAUCGCUGAUCCUGAGUUUUCAGUGUCCGGGGAACACCCCUAUCAUAAAAAAUGCUACAGAGACUACCAUCAGCUAAGAUGUGACGUUUGCAGGAAUUAUCUGCCAACAAACAACGAGGGAAUGGAGUACGCGUUUCUUCCUUUCUGGAAGCAAAUUUAUUGCCCAGCACAUGAGCAAGAUGGGACUCCAAGAUGUUCUAGCUGUGACAGGAUGGAAUCAAGAGACACGACGUACUUGUCGCUUGAUGACGGUCGAAAGCUAUGUCUAGAGUGUCUACAAUCUGCAAUUAUGGAUACCGACGAGUGUCAGCCUCUUUAUCUCGAAAUACGAAAAUUCUAUAAAGGUAUGAAUAUGAAAGUGGACAAGCAGAUUCCUCUACUCUUGGUUGGAAGACAAGCGCUGAACGAAGCAAUGGAAGGAGAAACCAAUGGGCAUCAUCACUCACACGAAACUAGAGGACUAUGCUUAUCAGAAGGGCGGAGUGUUCCCACUGAUAUGCGAGGGGCAAGAAUUGAAGUAGGCAACCUUCUUGCUACGAUACCUAAGCCUCAUAAGCUGGUUCACUCAUGCAACGUGAAUGCAAUCCUCAUUUUGCAUGGUCUACCCAGGCUGUUAACAGGCUCAAUCCUGGCACAUGAGAUGAUGCAUGCUUGGCUUCAACUCGAAGGUUUUCCUAACCUUGCUCCAGAGGUUGAAGAAGGCAUUUGUCAAGUUCUGGCUUAUAUGUGGUUAGAUUUUGCGAUCAAUUUAAGCUCCACAAAUGAUGUUUCGUCAUCCUCCUUGCCAUCAUCUUCCGCUUCAUCGACUUCGAAGAAGGGCAAAUGGUCAGACUUUGAGAUACAACUGAGCGAGUUUCUUAAACUUCAAAUAAAGAAUGAUAUUUCAGAGGCCUAUGGAGAGGGAUUUAGGUUAGGAAACGAGGCAGUGGAGAAGCAUGGCCUUAGGGAAACUCUCGAUUACAUUCGACGCACGGGGACCUAUCCACCGUGAUUUAUUAAGUGGCUGUCUGUGGAACUUUGAUUUUCAGUGGUUAGUUGCCUUGCAUUAGUGACUUAAUACAGCUCAAGCAAGAUUAUAAGUAGAACUUAUGAAUUUAUAAGCAAUCAAAUUUGCUUGACGUUUAUAUAGCAGAUGUCAGAACCAGGGGUAUAAUAAGAUAAUAUAUUCUAUUUUCUAAAGUAA